CGCGCGCCCAGGGCGGGCAAAGGCGGGGACGGGGGGAGGGGAGGCGCCGGGCUGGGAGGCGGAGCAGCUCCGAGGCUCGCCGCUUCUCCUCCUCCUUCCUCCGCCGCGGCUGCUGCUCGGGCGAUCGGUCGCAGCGGCGCCGGGCGAGCCCAGCUGAGCCAGGGCAGAUAGGAGGCGGCCGGGGCUUCCCGUGCCGCGCGAGGGGGCUUCCGCCCAUGGCAGGGGCGCUGCUGCCCUGGCGGCGGAGCAAGUGGGUGCUGGUGAGGCCGGAGGAACGCAAGCGGCCGGCGAAGGGCUGGGCGCCGCGGCUGAGCUGCGCCUCGCUGCUGGCCGACCUGCUGGGCUCCUGCCCGGAGCUGUGGCCGCCGGGGGCGCUGGCCGGGCUCUUCCGCAGCCGGCGCCGGACGGCUCAGCUAAACGCCGAGGAGCCCACCUUCCGCGUCUGCUACCUGGGCAACGCGGCCACCCUGCAGGCCAAGGGCGAGGGCUGCGCCGAGGCGGCGGUGGAGAAGCUCUGGGCGCGCAGCCAGGCCGGCCAGCGCGGCACCCGCAUGCAGCUCAGCCUGGGCCCGCAGGGCCUCCACCUGCGCCCGGCGGCCGCCGCCGAGAAGGAGAGCCGCCGGCCCGGCCACGCCUACCUGCUCCACCGCAUCACCUUCUGCGGGGCCGACCGGCGCCACCCGCGCGUCCUGGCCUGGGUCUACCGGCACCAGGUGAAGAACAAGGCGGUGGCGCUGCGCUGCCACGCCGUGCUGCUCUCCCGGGCCGAGAAGGCGCAGGCGGCGGCCCGGCUCCUCUUCCAGACCUCGGCCGCCGCCUUCAACGAGUUCAAGCGGCUGCAGCGGCGGAGCGACUCGCGGCGGCUCCAGCGGCAGCUGCUGGGGGAGGCGGUGGUCCCGCUGGCGCCCCUCCGCAGGCUGCUCAACGCCAAGUGCCCCUACCGGCCGCCCCCGGAGCGCGGCCGCAACGCCCCCCGGCUCAGCUCCAUCCAGGAGGAGCAGGAGGAGGACGGGGAUGAAAACGAGAAAGAGAAGGAGAAGAGGAAGAAAGAGCGGCCGGCCUUGUGCACCCCCACCCGGGCGACCCACGAUUGGCUGGCCACCCGCACCGUCCUCUGUGCCAUCAGUAGCUUUGGCCCUGCUGGCCCGGCCCUCUGGGCUGACCACACAGCCCCCAGCCACACCCGCACCCCCCUUCCAGAUGCCAAGAUGGCCAAGGGCCUGGAGCGGCCGGAGAUUCAAACUUUGGUGCGGGAAUUCCAGUUCUGCAACUUGCGGGGUGCACUGCCCGUGGGGGACACGGCCUCCUGGACACCUAGCCCGGAGCCCCCUUGCCUGUCCUGCUAGGAGGGCCAAAGCCAUCAUUUUAAAAAAAAAUAAUUCCUGGAGAUUUGGGCAGGAGAGACAUGUGGGGGUGGGGCCCCUUCCAUGUUGUUUCCCUCCUGGUAAACAAAUCCAGAGUUUGACAAUUGACACGCAACCGAAGCAUCACGCAAUCCUUUGUCAACUGUGUUCCAUCAUUCGGUGUCACAUUACCACAGCCCGACUUUUUUGGCUUGGGGUGAAACAACCAAAAGCUUUGCGUCCUUUUCUGUGGAUUUUGGGAGAUUGGCAGAAGGAAGCACCUGUGAGCUGGUGCUCAGUAGGAUGGGACUCUUGGUACAUUGCGGUGGGGGUGGGGGACGGAGCGAUGAUGACAGUUUUUACAUAUUUGGUGGCCUUGAGGAGGGAGACUGUUUGUACUUGC